AUGAAGCGCCAGGCGGAAGGGAGACGUCAAGCAGGGAUGGACAUCCGAGAUUUUGUGAAGAAGCAAUACUUAGAGGGAAACAAGGGCGCUAGUUUCCUGAAUCUCUUGAGUUCUCGGACUGACGACUUGAAAAGUUAUGUGACUACAGCCAGGGAACAAAUUCUUAAUUUGUGUUUAGUGGCAGGGACGCUAUCUACCAAAUGUCAUGAAGCCUUUUCCGACCUCCAUGCUGCGAUGUCGAGCCUGACCAUUGCCGUCGCCACGCUGAGCGAGGAAUUGGGUAUUGAGUACAAACCACCUGAAGUGUCAGCGAAGAAGGGCAAUGAAGCUGGGCAAAAGGCUGCUGAACUCUUGGGGAGGCAACCGACCACUGAAGAGGAAGCGGUACACAUUGAACUUCGGGGAGUAUGGAAUUGGGUUGGGACCGUGCUUUUAAUAGCUGUGGCAGGCGUGGGCAGGGGUGUGUGGGAGACGUCAAAAGCGAAGGCGGAGGAGGGCAAAGUGACGGAACACGACGAAAAACGCAAGAAGGUGGAUCAGCAUGGGAACACACAUAGCACCGGUGCUGAGAAGACCGACAACGGCGCGACCCCAAGCACUACACCAGCGCAAGGCACGGACAGACACAACGCCUCGGGGCUUGUGUGUCGCUCGCCAGCGGCUAACGCUGAAACUAAGGUUUCUCCUCCUGCCCCUAUGAAACACUUUAUUGGUGGACCACCUCCGCCAGACGCGGGGGCGCCAAGCGCGUUGCUGUUUGGAGCAACGCCAGCAAAAACAGGCGUCACGGGAGCUGUGCCUUUCCAGCCAUCACCACCUGUCUUGUUGAACUCAAACCGCAAUGGUUCGUCACCCAGUGGACCACCGAAUUCUUUUGGCAGUAGUAUAACAAGCACUGAGAAGUUAGUGGCGGCUGAGACGGCAAAGGGAGAGAGUACAGACUUCUCAGACGAGCUCUGCAACCCAUUUCUUCAAAGGUGGUCUUGA